AUGAAGUCUGUCAUAAUUCCUUUUAAAGAUUUUGAUGUUAUCUGUUCGUACAAUCACAAAAUUCCUGCUGCUUAUAUACUGAAGUAUGGAAAAGAAGAACCCACCUAUAUAUGCAAAGAUUGCUUAUCUAUUUACACACUACCCAAAAAUGCCAUAAAUGUUGGCGAGGUUGUGGAAAAGUGUAGACAAUAAAAGCAGAGGUAUUGUAAAUUAGUUGACCCAUUAUUCGAAGAAUAUAAAAAAUGUAUCCAACAACUAUCGGUUAAUCUCUUCGAUUUCAAAUCAUAAAUAGUAUAAUAGAUAGAUUAAUCGAUAACGACAACAAGGCUGUGGUUAGAAGAAUUGGAAGUACUCUAAUCGAAAGAGCUGAUAUUAGAUUACAAGUAUUAGUCAUAAUAAUUUCAUUUAAAUUGCGAAGAGUAUGAACUAAAAGAAUUCAUUCGAAUUGAGUAGAUGAUACUCAAGUGCAACAAAUCUUAUUUUUUAAAAUUAACCCAGUAUUUAGAAGAUUAUGUCAAUAUAGAUUAAUUUUAGCCAUGCUAACAAAUAAUAAAUAAUUGUUUAGAUAAUUCUAAAUUAGAUGGGUUUCUUUCUUAAUAAAAAGAAUUUGACGACAAUCAAACCUAUGCAAUUUCAAAAAGUCCAAAUAAAUGGUUUCUUCAAGGGAACAUCGAUCCCAUUUCGGAUGAUAUUAAAAACCACUUAAAAAAUUGGAGGACUUAUAAUUUGAACACUGAACUGAUGAGAUACUUCUACUUUGAUAUGAAUAACAACCAAUAUUUCCUUUCACAUUUGUUCCCAAAUUUCUUUUAGAGUUAAUUUUGUGAGUAUAGUGUUAGAUUAAAUCCUCAGGAAAGAAAUGAAAUUAUAAAAGAUAAGACAGUACUUAAUUAAAUUGAAGAGCAUCUUUAAAUGUUUCUUUGUUACUUGGGAGUGAAAUUGGUUGGAGACUAAGUAGCAUUGAUUGAUAAGAAUCGAUGGGAGGAAUAUCGGAAAGUCAAGAAUAAUAAGUCAGGCUUAUAAAGAGUGAUAUCUUCUUUGAGUGUCUUAAAUCAACGUAAAAUUGCCUUGUAGCUCGUCGCUUUUACUAAAGAAAUCAAUUUCGAAUAUAAAGAGACGUUCAUCAACUACGAUCUUUUGAAAGAGGAAGGCAACACGAGCGAACAGGCGUUGACAUUUUAGGAUGCGAAAGGAUAUUACUUAUAAGACGAUUUGAUGAAAAAUAAAUGGGCAACAUUUACGAUUCUGACGAAUCAAAAUUUAGAUGAGUGA